GAUUAUAGAUUCAGAAUUGGAAUAUGCUGUGUCACUGCGAUGUUUAAUUUCGUCUUUGUUGUCUUUAAUUGAAGCACUAAGUAGAAAUAUAUAUCAUUGCAGGAAACAAAAGUAACAUAGUACAUCUUUUUUCUCAUAGCAAAAGAGGAAAUUACAGAAGUCUUCGUCCAAAAAGAGGCUCUUGUUUGCAAGUUUGUUUAAUUAUCCAUCAAUAGAUUCUGAACUAAUAUACACCAAAGCACUUGGGACGUAUAAUGGCUCAACUGAAUAGCUUCCAAUCAAGGGUACCAACCAAGAGGACAGGUACAUUUGAUACAACUUCGUUUUCCAUAGGCAGUACUAGAAUCUCACAAGACAAUUGAAGCCAUAGAGAAAUUAAAAAUGUCAGGGGUAUCAUUAGCUGUGGCUCCUCGUUCAGAGCCAGAUCAUGAGACAACAUCUUCCUCGACAAAACCUCAGCAAAUUAAAGAACGAAAUCCGCAGCAACAAGCUGUGGGUGUAAUGGGAUCACUUCGUGUAAUUGAGCUGCAAUUAGUCGCUUUCAUUAUGGUUUUCUCUGCCAGUGGUUUAGUACCUUUACUUGAUCUGAUUUUCCCAGCUCUUGCAUCUGCAUAUCUUUUACUUCUUUCACGAUUCGCCUUUCCAUCUCUAGGCAGAAGUUCAACUUCUCAGGAGAUAUUUCAGGGCACUAAAUUUUUUCGUCUUUAUAUGGUUGCUGGCACUACUGUUGGAUUGUUCUUGCCAUUGGCCUAUGUUUUGGGUGGAUUUGCAAGGGGAGAUGAGCAUGCGGUCCACUCUGCUACGCCUCAUUUGUUCUUGCUCUCUUUUCAAAUUCUAACUGAGAAUAUUAUUAGUGGAUUGUCCCUCUUUUCUCCUCCCGUUAGAGCGCUUGUUCCGCUUCUUUAUACAGUUCGGAGGAUCUUUGUCUUAAUUGAUUGGAUAAAACAUGUGUGGAUCAACAAGACUUUGCCCGCCAACGCACAAUUCAAGGAUGUCGCAUGGUAUUGGUUUGGGAAGGGGCUGGCAGUGGCUAAUCUGGUGUACUUUUCAGUCAACCUGUUUGGUUUCUUGAUUCCGCAGUUUCUGCCACGGGCUUUCGAGAAGUACUUCAGGGACAGGAAUGAGGUUCACACUAAGUUAGCUGAAGAUAAGCAAUCCCAAGCUAUGAACAGAGCAAAACAUACAGAUAAAAAGGCAGAUUAGCCAAAACGUGCAAUGUUUUUGAUUUCAUUAGUAUCUGGUUAAUAGACUCUUUUUAUUUUCAAUUUCUGUUUGUGUUGUGCUAUAUUUUAGUGAUGCACGGAAAGCGUUUUUGUUUGAUGCUCAUUUGAUGUUAAUAUCAUGAUCCGAAGAGAAUGCAUGAAUUA